AUGAAUAAUAAUUGUAAUGGUGAUGAUAGAGAUGGCGGCGAUAAUGAUAAUCGUGAUAAUGACGAUAAUGCUGACAAUACUGAUGAUGAUGAUGAUGAUGUUUAUGCUCAUGCUCACGCUACUCACGCUACUGCUAUGGCAAUAAAUCAUAUAUCUUCAGAGUAA